ACCACCAUUCCAUAUAACCAUUUCUUUGAACAAUGGCAUCAAUAGCCGGAGUUAGCCUCUCAAUCCCCAGAGUCUUAACCAACCCAUCAUCAGACUCACCCAAGAUCACCGCCAGCCUAUGGGUCAAGAUGCCCACUACCAGGAUGCACCUUAGGCCGUUGAGAGCAGUACCUGAUAAGGGUCUGUCGGACAAGAUAGCCAGCAGCAUCGCCAACGCACAGGAGUCGUGUGCGGAUGACCCCAAGAGCGGCGAAUGCGUGGCGGCGUGGGAUGAGGUGGAGGAGUUGAGUGCGGCGUCGAGCCAUGCUCGGGACAAGGCUAAAGACUCUGACCCCUUGGAGACUUACUGCAAGGACAACCCCGAGACCGAUGAGUGCCGGACAUAUGAGGAUUGAUUGGUUGGUUGGUAGGUGUCUGAAAGAUGAUAAUGUUUGGUGGAGGAGUGUUUAUGUAUGACAAUUGAUGAUAUUCUAGACUUGUUAUGUGUAUGAUGAAUUAAUACAUGUUAUGAUAUACCAAGAAAAAAACGUAUGUUGUUGAA